UCUUGGAACUCCAUGGAGGGCUUGUGGGAUAGGAGCAGGAUAUGGGCUUUGAUGAUUUUGAUUCAAAUCCAUGGAUAUAAGUGUUGUCUUGAAAAGGAGAGGAUGGGUCUCUUGGAAUUCAAGCGGUUCCUGAGAUCAAAUAAUGAAGACGCAGAUUGGCUUCUUCCUUCAUGGGUUAAUGAUGAGGAGAGUGACUGCUGUUAUUGGGAGCGAGUCGUCUGCAACUCUACAACCGGCACUGUAACCCAGCUCUCCCUCAACAACAUACGGCAAAUCGAAUUUUAUCAUCGAGUUUAUGGUCUGGCGCCGCCGAAGAAAACAUGGUUUUUAAAUGUUUCAUUGUUCCAUCCAUUUGAAGAAUUGGUGAGCCUGGACCUAUCUGAAAAUUGGUUUGCUGACUCCCUUGAGGAUCAAGGCUUUGAAAAGUUGAAGGGUUUGAAGAAGUUGGAGAUGUUAAAUAUUGGUCAGAAUUAUUUCAACAAUAGCAUUUUUCCAUCUGUGGGUGCUCUCACAUCUCUUAGAGUUUUGAUUCUUAGAGAAACCAAAUUGGAAGGAUCUUAUCUUGACAAAGAUUUAGCUAAUUUAACUAACUUGGAAGUGUUAGAUCUUGGCCAAUCAGGAUCUAUGAAAAUGAAAGAUUCAAGUUCUGGAAAGUUUCCAAAAUUGGAAAAGCUAAAGACGUUAAUGCUUGAUUCCAAUGAACUCGAGAAUCACAGCCUUCAAUCUCUAGGAGCACUCACUUCCCUUAAGAAUUUAAGUCUUGCAAACAACCAACUUUCAGAAUGGUUUCCUUUUAAUGAAUUGGAUACUUUGCAAAACUUGCAAAUAUUGGAUCUAAGUGGGAAUAAAUUCAAUACAACGGAAAUGGUGAAAGGUUCUAAAAGCAUCUCAAAUUGGAAAAAGCUUGUGACCUUGGAUCUUAGUGGAAACCAAUUGGACGACAGCAUCUUCCAGUCAUUAAGUACUGCGCUCCCGUCCCUUCAGAAUCUGAUAAUUGGACAGAAUUAUAACUUCGAAGGAUCGUUGUCCGCUAAAGAACUAUCAAAUUUUAAAGACUUGGAGACGUUGGAUCUAAGGAACAAUAAUCUCAAUGGCUCCCUAAAGACACAAGAGCUAGCUAACAUGAGCAACUUGAAGACCCUAAUUUUGAGAGAGAAUCAACUCAGCGGCAUCCAAACAACUCAAGGUUUAGUGCCCUUCAACAAUUUGGAGGUCCUGGAUCUGUCUAACAAUCAUUUCACUGGGAGCAUUCCUCCAUAUAUAUGGAACCUGACUUCUCUGCAGGCUUUAUCUUUGGCAGACAACCAACUCACCGGCCCUUUGCCCGUUGAAGGGUUUUGCAAACUGAAGAAUCUUCAAGAGUUAGAUCUCAGUGGGAACUCCUUGGAUGGGAUGUUUCCCCCUUGUCUAAGUAACAUGAGGUCCCUCAAGCUGUUAGAUCUCUCUUUAAACCAGUUCACAGGAAAGAUCCCUUCAUCAUUGAUAAGUAACCUCACGUCUCUUGAGUACCUUGAUCUCGGUUAUAACCGUUUGGAGGGUCGAUUGUCAUUUAGUGCAUUUUCUAAUCAUUCCAAGCUUGAAGUGGUUGUUCUAUCAAGUGACAGCGACAUAUUUGAAGUGGAAACUGAAAGUACAAGUUGGGUUCCCCAGUUUCAGUUGAAGAUUCUUUCGUUGGCAUACUGUAAUCUAAACAAGCAAACCGGCACUAUUCCUAAGUUCCUGUCUCAACAGUAUGACCUGAUAGCGGUUGAUCUGCCUCACAAUGACUUGAAAGGAGAGUUCCCCAGUGUGAUACUUGAAAACAACAGAAGAUUAGAAUUUCUAAAUCUGAGGAAUAACUCUUUAAGGGGUGAAUUUCCACUUCCACCUUAUCCUAAUAUAUAUACUUUGUGGGUGGAUGCUUCACACAACCACCUUGGUGGGCAACUUCAAGAAAAUAUGAAGGAGAUGUUUCCCUAUCUGAGAUACCUGAAUUUGUCGGGAAAUGGCUUGGAAGGUCAUAUUCCAUCCUCGAUUGGUAACCAAAGUAGCACCUUGGAUACUUUGGACUUGUCCAACAAUAACUUCUCAGGAGAAGUACCGGUGCUGUUGGUUGAAAGAUGUCCUCGUUUAUUCAUCUUGAAAUUAUCAAACAACAGACUACAUGGCCCAAUAUUUUCAACACGGUUCAACAUGCCUGAAUUAUCAUUUCUUGGUUUGAACAAUAAUCACUUCACAGGGACACUAUCCAAUGGAUUGUCAGAAUGCAAUCAGCUACGAUUCCUGGAUGUGAGCAACAACUAUAUGUCAGGUAAAAUUCCUACAUGGAUGCCUAACAUGACAUAUUUGGAUACUCUCAUCUUGAGUAAUAACUCUUUCCAUGGUCAGGUCCCCCAUGAAUUUGCCUGGCUAAAGCUUUUAGACCUUUCUGAUAACUUAUUUGCUGGGUCCUUACCUUCUCUCAAAACCUCAAAAUUUCUCAUGCAUGUGCAUUUGAAAGGAAACGGAUUCACAGGAUCAAUACCAGAAGACUUUCUCAACUCCUCAGAAUUGCUAACAUUGGAUCUUGGAGACAACAGCCUUUCUGGCAAUAUUCCCAAGUCUUUUAGUGCUCUUUCCAGCUUGAGGAUUUUUUCCUUGAGGGAAAAUAACUUCAAGGGUCAGAUUCCCAAAUUCUUGUGUCAACUGAACAAGAUAAGUAUAAUGGAUUUGUCUAGUAAUAAUUUCUCUGGGCCAAUUCCCCAAUGCUUCAGAAAUUUGUCCUUCGGGAAUAGAGGGUUUAAUGAGGAUGUGUUUAGACAGAACUCUCUCAUGGGCGUUGAAAGGUUUGUCACUUACAUUUACAGAAAAAGCCGUAUAGAGAGGGAUUUCUACAAAAUACAUGAAAGAGGUGGUGAAAAGAAUGAUCACCAGCAAGAAAAGCAAGAUCAAAUUGAAUUUAUCACCAAGAACAGGCACGACACUUACAAAGGUGAUAUCCUAAACUUUAUGUCUGGAUUGGAUUUGUCAUGCAAUAACCUCACAGGUGAUAUCCCAUAUGAACUGGGACAGUUGAGUUCGAUUCAUGCAUUGAAUUUGUCCUACAAUCACCUUACUGGAUUUAUCCCGAAGAGUUUCUCAAAUCUUUCCAGUCUUGAGAGUUUGGAUCUUUCUCACAACAAUCUGAGUGGAGAAAUCCCUUCAGAACUUGCUGGUUUAAAUUUUCUAGCGGUGUUCAGUGUGGCUCACAACAACCUUUCAGGUAAAAUUACAGAUAAGAACCAAUUUGGGACAUUUGACGAGAGCAGUUAUGAUGGUAAUCCUUUUCUUUGUGGAUCGAUGAUAAAAAACAAAUGUGAUACCGAUGAGGAGUCACCGGGCUCGCCAACAGUAUCGCCAGAUGAAGGUGAAGGAAAGUGGUAUCACAUAGAUCCUGUUGUGUUCUCUGCAAGUUUUGUUGCAUCAUAUACCAUAAUCUUAUUGGGAUUUGCUACGCUUCUUUAUAUUAAUCCAUACUGGCGAUGGAGAUGGUUCAAUCUCAUAGAAGAAUGUCUAUAUUCAUGCUAUUAUUUUGCUUCUGAUGUGCUUCUCAAGCUAUCUGCUUAGUUUCAUAAAUAGCUAAUUAUUUUAGUUGUUUGGAAUAUAAAUUUGACAAUUGUAUUAAGCGCAAAUCUGUUUUACUUACUCAUAAAUGAAUUGUUAUA